AAAAACAUAUAUCCCUAUCUUUUCGCUGACUUACUCCGAACUCUCAACUCGGUGAUUUUAAAAAAUAAUUUUUAUUUCGGUGACUUGAAGAGUGCUUGCUGAUAUAUAAAUUAAAAUAAGAACUGUCUAAAUAAAAACUUAAGAUGGAUGGUUUGCAGUUGGUAUCAUCUAAUAAAAUAUGUGGCGGUUAUCAGAAGGUGUACUCUCACGAGUCUUCAGAGUUAUUAUGCAAAAUGAACUUUUCCAUUUACUUACCACCUCAGGCUGAAGGUGGUGAUGUAAAGCUACCAGUCAUAUUUUAUCUCUCAGGCCUGACUUGCAAUGAACAAAACUUUAUAUCUAAAGCUGGUUUUCAAAGAUAUGCAGCUGAAUAUGGUGUCAUAGUAGUGGGACCUGACACCUCCCCCAGGGGUGUCAAGAUACCCGGAGAUGAUGAAUCCUGGGACUUUGGGGUUGGUGCAGGAUUUUACUUGGAUGCUACAAAAGAGCCAUGGUCUAAAAAUUACAGGAUGGGCAGCUAUUUAAACAAGGAGCUUUAUGAUCUUAUCUUGCAAGCUUUCAAUAAUAUUGUUGACCCAAACAGGAUAGGAAUUAUGGGACACAGCAUGGGUGGUCAUGGAGCUUUAGUAUCAGUUUUAAGAAACCCUGGUCUAUACAAAUCAGUAAGUGCAUUUGCCCCUAUAUGCAAUCCAACACAGUGUCCAUGGGGUCAGAAAGCCUUUACAGGUUACCUUGGAGGUGACAAGAGUGAAGCGGUCCAAUGGGAUGCAACUGAACUAGUCAAGAAAUAUGACGGACCCCCACUUACAUUGCUUAUUGACCAGGGUACUGCCGACAAGUUCUACAUAGAGAAACAGUUGCUGCCCGAAAACCUUGUGGAAGCUUGCCGUUCGGUUGAAGUUCCAGUCAUAUUGAAUUUACGCGAGGGAUAUGACCAUUCUUAUUAUUACAUAGCAACAUACAUUGGUGAACAUUUUGAUUUUCAUGCUAAAAUAUUAAAAGCUUAGACAAGUUAAAACCUUAGGAUAUCACAAAGAAAUUGUCUGUGAUGCAGUAUUCACUGAAAGUGUUAACUGUUACAGAUGUAGUACCAUUGUCCCUGCUAAUCGCAUCCCCAUUAAUAGGGCAUGCUUAAUUGAAAAAUUGUCCCGUUAUCUUUUUAUUGGAGACACUGGGAUUAAAAUAAAUUUAUUAAAAGAUUAUCCAAACAUCCCUGUUAUCUUUCCUCUUUAAUGGACAGUUUGAUUUGAAGUAUAAAUAUAAAAAGUUCCACGUUAUCUAUCAUUUUAACAGGGACCAUUACUUAUGGGAAAUUCUUUAAAGUUAUAUUAUGAGUAUGCGGUGCCCUUAUGCCACAGUUAUGGCGAGGUACGAUGGGACUACAUCCUGUUAUGAGGUUGCAAUAUGAAUUGUAUAUAUGUAUAUAUACAUAGAGUUGGCAUAGAGUAUGUUUUAAAGUUACACAGAGUUCAUAAUAUAAUGUGAUAUUUUUUUUACAUAAUAAAAGUGAUUUCAUAACAAUA